CUUGAGCAUCGUAACAAGAGUUUUACGAGAGACUAUAAAGACUGUAAAAUUUUGGUCUGAGUAAAAACGAAUUAAAUGCAUAUUCUUUGAUUAACCUUUUUGCUCAGACAUAAAGAAACAAUUGUGUGAAUGAUUUAAUAUUCAAAUAUCAAGUCAUAGUGCUGUUGGUGGAUACCUUGGAGACGUGAUUGUAAACAUAUUAUUGAACGUACGUUAAUCGAAGAUUUGAAGCAACAAUGACGAUGAUAUCCCAUAAGAUUAUGUUCCGUGACAUAUCAAGGGCCACUCUGAAGUAUGGACGGCAGCUUCGAUGAUGACGAGCCUUUUAUAUUCAGACUCAAUGAGAACGGAUCGGGACCCGGUCUUCUGGUCAAGGUGUGUGCGGAGCGUGGUUGGCGAGUAUACCAGGGUUACCACACUGGCUUGGAGGAGCGUUGGAACCUUUGGUGGAAGACCAGCGCCUUCCCAGCCGCCAGCUACAAGACCUUAGGAGACUGGCAGUUCAUGAACCACAUACCGAAAGGAGGAUCGAUAUGCAGGAAGGACAAUCUUUCACGUCUUCUGCGAUGCAUGAAGCGGAUUUACGGCGCUGUUUACGACUUCAGCCCACCUUGCUACCACCUACCACUGGAGUACGCAAAGCUGGUGUCGGAGUGUUCUCGACUGCGGCGCGAUGAGAAUGGCGCUGGGGCCAACGUCGUCUGGAUCCACAAACCCGUGGCGCAGAGCCAGGGGAGAGGAAUCUUUCUGUUUCGGUCUAACACCCUAUUUCAGAGUCUGUGCGAGAUGAACUGCGGGACGUCGGCGGUGGUGCAGCGCUACAUCGAGCGGCCUCUGCUGAUUGCCGGCUACAAGUUCGACCUGCGCCUCUAUGUGUGCGUGCCCGGCUACAGGCCGCUCACAGCAUACAUGUACGCUGAGGGCCUCGCUAGAUUCGGCACGGAUAAAUACACGCUCUCGGACAUCCACAACCCGUAUCGGCACCUGACCAACUCGUCGCUCAACAAAAGCGGCCCGAGAUACGCUGAAUGUAAGGACCGAAUCGGUAGUGGGUGUAAGUGGACGCUGACGCAAGUUCGUCGGGCUCUCAUUGGUCGUUGGGGUGCGGCUGAGUGGGUGGUGUGGCAGCGUAUUAGAGCGUUGGUGACGCUGACCCUGCUAGCCCAGGCAGCCGGGACCCCGCCGGCAAGGAACUGCUUCGAGUUCUAUGGCUUCGAUGUUUUAUUGGAUGAUUGUUUGAAGCCGUGGCUGCUGGAGGUGAAUCUCUCUCCAGCAUUGGCAUCAGACUGCGAAGCGGACGUGGUGGUUAAGCAGCCGAUGCUGCACGAACUAUUCGAUCUGUUGGGUCUGCCAAUGAAGCAUACUGGACUUGCCAAGUUACAAGCUCCUCCACCUCCUACGCCAAACCUCAACAGUUGUAGCUCUGAAGAUGAGAAUGGAUCGACGAAGUCAGGUCGCACCCGUACUGCACCCCGGCGUGGAGCACGCGUGCGCCGGCGCCGCGCGAUGCCCAUGCACUGCGUGACGCUGCAGGGUCCUGGCGCUCCGGAGAAGGCUGUGCCGUCCUCACAGUCUACAGCGGGCGCAGUCAACGGUUCAGCCGCUAACGCGCCACCAGACAAAACAAAUGAUUCUAUCGAAAAAGGCAAGGAGUUAAACAGCGGCCGGUACAAAUGCGCAGAUACAAACAGUGAAGCCGAAGUUCAGUCGACCUCAAACGGCUCAAUUCCGGCUACGGAGACCGUGGAUGAGUCGUGGCGCGGAGGUUACUCCACGGCCGCGUCCCGCCGCCGCGUGAUGACGGCGUGCCACUGGGGCAACGGCGUCAAGUGGAACCAGGCCAUCGGCCGCGUGGGGCACUGGGUGCGCAUCUACCCGCACUCGCUGCCCAAGGAUGAUGAGUUGCCAGUUGAAGAUGUACGUGACAGCGUUGCUCAGGUAUCUAAGUUCGUACGAGCAGCUCGCGAAGUAAGUCGUGAAUGUGGUAAAGAUACGUCAGCCCCCCGCGACGCCGCUAGAGACGCGGUCUUCGAGGAAGCGCUGCGCAAGAAGCUAGACUUCGGUCCCCACUUCCAAGUGUGGCUGCCCCCCUUCUGAUGUGUUCAUAUUAAACAUAAGCCAUAAAUGUUUUUAACUUUAAGGCCUAUUUAAUAAAUGCUUAUUAUAAUU